AUGGUCGCCAAUGACACUAUCUUCUCCUUUGAGCGUCUCUCUUCGUACGAACCAAGCUCUUACGAGAAUCGAUACCGAGCUCUGGACGACUUUCGCGGCACCUUUGACGUUCCCAAGCACUGGGGCCACCUGAGCCCGUACUUCUCCAGCCCCAUGUUCCCCGAGAUGCAGGAGCGCAAGGUUCUGCCACAGCACUGUAACCUCAAGCAGGUCCACAUGCUCCAUCGCAACGGCGCACACAUGCCGGCAAAGGACUCGCCAGCCUCUCGAUUCGCUGAAGCCAUCGAAAAUGUCACAAUGGGAUCAAGCGUCAUGCUAAAUGCCACGGGCCCGCUCGCUUUUCUCAACCACUGGAAGUACGAGCUGGGCGUGGGACACCUGACGGCAGCCGGCGCACAGCAGAUGUUUGACAGUGGUGUCCAGAGCUUCUACCGAUACGGAGCCUUGUUCAACGCGAGUAAGGUUGCCAGCAAACCCGUGCUCAGGACCACGUCGCAGCAUCGCAUGGUCGACUCGGCGAGCCAUUGGGCAUUGGGAAUGUACGGUCUCCAUGCGCCUUCUACGGUGAAUCUUGAAGUCAUUGUGGAGGAUGAUGGCUACAACAAUACCCUGGCCGACUCGAGCAACUGCCCGAACGCCAACGACGAGGCGCUCCAGUUCGGAGACCAGACUUCGUCGAAGUGGAUCAAGACGUACCUCAAGGGAGCCGUCAAUCGACUGAGCCGUCAUCUGCCCAAGAUGCACCUCACCCCUGAGCUCGUCUACGGUAUGCAGACCCUCUGCGCCCACGAAACCUUCACGCUGGGCGAAUCCAACUUCUGCCACCUCUUCACGAUGAAGGAGUGGGAAGGCUUCGAGUACGCUUCUGAUCUUCUCCAGCGCGGCAAUUACGCCUUUGGCUCGCCCACGGCCCGUGCGCAGUCUCUUGGCUACCUCGUCGAGUUCCUCGCCCGCAUCGAAGAAAAGGCACCGUCCAACUCAAUCCUGCCCUUGCCCCUGCCCCCUUCUCUCAACAAAACGCUCGAUGACGACACCAGCACGUUCCCCGUGGAUCAGCCGAUUCACGUCGACUUUACGCAUCAAUCAAACAUCCUGCACCUUCUUACCGCCCUCAACUUCUCGUUCCUCGACGCCGUCAAGCUCACUGAGGACAGUCUGGUCCAGAAGAGGGCCUUCUACGCUUCUCAUAUCGUCCCCUUCGCCGCUCGACUCGUCUUUGAGGUGAUCGACUGCCCGACUAGUGGCAAGCACUCCCAGUCCUAUAUCCGCACGCUCCUAAACGACGCGAUCCUUCCCAUGGGUUCCGCACAGGGCUGCUCCCUCGGUCCCGCCUCGUCGUCAAGCUCCUCCAGCCACAAGCAGUCCGCCGCUCGAAAGGAUGGCCUGUGCCCGCUCGACGACUUCCUCGCCUUCUUCAAGGACGAAGUCAUAAUGGAAAACUGGGGACAAGAGGCCCAGGUCGCCUGCCACGGAAGGAACGGAACCGAUUUCGUCAUACCCGCUUCAGGACCCAACAACGGCACGGUUUCGCUGCUGUAG